GAGACGCCAUGGCAGAGCAGGAGCCCAAAGCCGACAGUCCCUCUGAGUUCUCUAUCUUUGUUGACACUUCCUUUGGCAAAACUUUUGAAGUGUCGGUGUCUCCGGAUGACAGCGUACAGGAGGUUAAGGCCAAGCUGAACAAACAGGACUCCUCCCUGAUACCCGAAAUAGGAAUUCUGAUCUACAGUAACAAAGAGAUGGAGGACAACCUGACCCUGGGACACUAUGGAAUCACACCCAACAGCUUAUUGCGUCAUACACGAAUAUUGCGAGGUGGUGGUGCAGCAGUCAGACAGAAAUCUCAAGCUGCACGCUUAUCCCGGAUGAGAAAGCUGGCACACUGUUACGCACUUGCGACAGGCGAGGCGUCAGGGAGCUCAGAGUAUCUUCCAGAAGUGACGCCAAAGAUAAUCGUAGACGUUUUGAAGCAAAGCACUCUGUACCGAGCUCACCUCCAGCACGCAGGCAUCUUCAAGUGCUCCAUCACGGGCCUCUGCUUCGAAGUGAAAUCCGCCGUGACCGUCACCUACGGCUACGCUUCCUGGACUAGUCACCUGACAAAGGCUGAGCAGGAAAUGUGGGUGCCGGCUGGACCCCUCUUCCAAAUCAGCGUGGAGCCCGAGGUCGUAGAGGCGGUGCAUCUCCCCCACUACAUCUGCCUGGCAGCACACAUAGAUACCAGCCCGUGCUUCAUUGCCCAUUUUAAAUCUGAGAUGUUGACCCUGGAGAGACCGACCAAACUGAACACUUUCUCUGCUGUCCUGGAGAAUCCCAGCUUCUCACUUCUUGGUGUGAUUUGGAGGAAGUUACGUUCAACUUUAAAUUUAUUCCCUGUUCACGCCUCGGUGCUGAUCUUCCAGCAGCUCAGUGCUGCAGACACAACUCUUCACCUCUACCUGAUCCCAGAUGACAACUCUGUGAAGCAGGCCAUUGAAAAACAAGAAAUUAAUUGGAAUUCAAAGCUUAUUCCCAAGCCUCCUCCAUUCAACCUUCUGUCCUUCGGCUGUGUUUACCAGGUGACCAGUACAAGUUCUGUGGUGAUAACACCUGAACCACGCUUUACUUUCUACUACAAGAGUCCAAAGAAUGAGCAGCUCUUUCUUGAGAUCUACAUCAAAAACAUGGAAGAGGAACUUGAGCUCUUUAUCACAGACAUGCAAAAUGACAUGGUGGUCUGGAGGGCACUGGUGAGACCAGGUGAUAUUGAUCUUCCUUCCAAGACCUUGUCAGGUGCAGUCUUCAUAAAGAAGCACAAGACCAAGCUUUGCUCCAGGAUGAGGCAGCUCCCCAGCAUUCUGCUACACUUACGGAAUGCAAAUGUCAUCAACAGCGAUGAAGAAGAGGAGGUGCAAGGUCAAAGUACAAGUCAAAGGAGGAACCAAGUUUUGCUGGAACUAGCUGAGAAGAAAGGGCAGAAGGCCCAGGAACAGCUCUACCAGAUCCUCCAGUCGAAAGACCCGUACCUCAUUGCAGACCUGGAGAAGUCCAUCUAGGCCUGGGAAAGCAGACUGCUUUCAUUCCCAUUGCUCAGCUGACGGGAGCAACAGGAGGGCAGUCAGCAUUUGAAUCCUGACCUUUCGGUGCGAACUCCAUGGUGCAAAGCAGCAAUAAGCCUUCCAAACCACCAGGUUUCAGGCCCGCCUUGCUUGGCUGAUUCCGUUGCCAGCAGUGGACAAGCAGUGUCACGCCAGCCACUGGUGAGAAGCUGCUGGAACAAGUUCCCAAGCCAGUGCCAAUACCAUGGACCUGUCUGCCUUCCUGAGACAGGGCCUCUGCUUCUCCAGAAGCUCCAGGCAGCUGCUAGCAGAGAAGUUUCCAUCACUCCAGCUCAGCCUCCCCGUCCCAUGUACCUCUCGCAGCUGGAAGAGGGGAGCUGCUUUACCACCCAGAGCUGUCUGUAAAGGCUUGUUCUCAUUCACACACCAGAGCAAGCCAUAUCACCAUCAAAACUUCCCCUUGUUUCCCUCCAGACUAGUUUACCCAAAUGAUCAAAAUUCACUGAAGCAGCAAACAAGCAUCCUGAUGCCAGCAGCAGCUGGGUAAAGGAGCUCCUCCCAAAGAAGCCAUGAAAAAUAGAAAAGAUGAGAUACAGGUUCAUGCGUCUUCAGGGAAAGUCUGACUCAAUAACAGCCACUUUACCUUCAAAAGACAGCAGAUUAUUUUUAAAUCACAUUCUUCGCAUCCAUAAAAUCAGUUCCUUUCUGGAUCAUGUGGAUGCCUUCACUGAUGGCAUCCUCCUGCUGUCAAACACACCAGUCAGGACACGAGCAGUCUGCUUUGGUGUCCAUUAUCUACGAAGAGAUUUUUUGGGUCAAGCUCAGGGGAAAUUCAGACUUGCCUAAGUGGAGACAGCAACUUCAGGAAGCUUAAAGGACCUUCCAGGGAGCGUUGAGCGAAAUGGUCCUCAUCGCACGCUCCAUGGGGUGGAAAUGAGACUGAUGCUUUAAGUAUUGCUUUGUAUUUAUUCCUUCUCUUGAACACCUGGAGAGCACAUCGCUGCUGAAACACACCAUAAGAGCGUGUCUCUGCUCCGGUAGGAGUCACGGACCUUCAAUGCAACCAGGGAUAAUACAAAAAGGAAGAAGCUGGGAACGAGACCACGCAGGGCCACAGACCUGACCGGUGGAUGACAAGGGGGGCAGUGAAGGGACCAGACAGCACCGCUCACACUGAUUCAUGGGCUCUCCAGAAACCACACUGGGGCUGGCCCCUGCAGGAGGAUCAGCCUGGGCUUUGCAACUGCUGAGUGUGUGAACCAGGGGGACCCCAGACGCGGGCUGGGGGGUGCGGGAACGGGCCUGUAGGGACGGGAAGGGGAACCAGGAGGAACAAAGUGGGAGGAGGCAGAAAGGGGUAUAAAAGAGGCCACACAGGUAUAAACUGGCUCAGUUUGGCUGAGCCCUGUGCCUGGCCACUGCAGUCUAUCCUAUCAUUUUAUAUUUUUUUAUUAAAUGUUUUCUUAACUAUU